AUGGCUACUAUUGGCACUCUAGCGCCGUUUGAUCCUAAGAUUCAGACGUGGGAUGAGUAUACCGAAAUACUCGAGCAGUUUUUUGAGGCCAAUGAGAUUGAAGAUGAAGACAGGCAAAAAGCCAUACUGAUAAGUGUCGUCGGGGCAUCAACCUACAGGCUGAUGCGCAACCUUCUCAGCCCGGACAAGCCGAAAGACAAAUCCUUCCAAGAGCUUGUACUCCUGAUGAAAAACCACUAUGAUCCCAAGCCAAGUGAAAUUGUGCAAAGGUACAAAUUUGACUCUCGUAACCGCAAGCCAAGUGAGUCAGUCAUGGAAUAUGUGGCCGAGCUGCGUCGUUUAGCGCAGGAUUGUAACUACGGCAACACAUUGCAGCAGAGGUUGAGAGACAGGAUAGUCUGCGGAGUUAAUGAUGACAGAAUCCAGAGGCGUCUCCUGUCAGAAACAGACCUCACGUUUGACAAGGCCAUGUCACUCGCUGUCUCACUAGAAACUGCAAAUAAAAAUGCGCAAGAUCUGCAGACCUCAGGUGCCACAGCAAAAUGUUUCAGCAUCACCAAAGGACAGCAGGAGACUCGUACCUUUAAAGGAGAAAACAGAGAGUGUUAUCGAUGCAAAGGAACUACGCACACAGCUGCAGACUGUAGGUACAAACAAGAAAAAUGCCAUGCUUGCGGUAAAGUUGGACACUUAGCAAGGGCUUGUAGAAGCAAAGCUAAACUGAACCAGAAGAAAAAUGAAUAUGGAUAUGGAAAGAAAGAUAAAAGGCAGAGUACACACUAUCGUGCUCACAAAGUGCAUCAGGCAGUAAAUGAAAGUAAAACUGACAGCUCAGAAGAGGACUCCUUCACUUUGAACUGUAUAACCUGUAGACCAGAGUAUCGGAGUAAACUGUACAAGUUAGGGCGUCGGAGUGUGGAGCACCCAAGGAAAGUAGACCCCUACACUGUAGAUUUGAAAAUCGAUGAGAAAGAGGUCAACUUUGAAAUAGACACUGGAUGUUGCCUAACAGUCAUGAAUGAACAGACAUUUAAAGAGACGUGGAAACACACCGAACUCCCUACGCUGAGACCUCUCAAAAUAAAGCUGGAAACCUACACAGGGGAUCCUGUUAACGUGAUUGGCGCCACGUUUGUCAGGGUCAGAUACAAGCAGCAGAGACGGAAGUUGCCCCUGGUGGUGGUUGGAGGGGAUGGCCCCAGCUUGCUAGGACGAGGCUGGCUGGAGGAAUUGUGGCUGAACUGGAGAGAAAUAAAAAACGGGCACAAAGCCAGAAAAAUACAUCAGCUCAAGACAAUAGAAGCCACAUUACAGCAGGUGUUGAACAAACAUGAGGUUGUGUUCAAAGAGGAGUUGGGCACCCUCAAGGGCACAAAAGCAACCAUCCAUGUCAAACAGGAUGCCACUCCACGCUUCUUCCGCCCACGGUCUGUUCCCUUUGCUAUGCGCGCAAAGGUAGAUGAGGAAAUUGACCGACUGUUGGAAGAGGGCAUCAUCUCGCCGGUGAAAUAUGCUGAAUGGGCAGCGCCAGUGGUACCAAUUCUGAAGCCGGAUGGGACUGUAAGGCUGUGUGGGGAUUAUAAGCUUACGGUGAACACAGUAGCUUCCCUGGAACAGUAUCCAAUACCCAGAGUGGAGGACCUGUUUGCAGCGCUUUCUGGAGGGAAGCAGUUCUCCAAAUUGGAUAUGAGCCACGCAUACCAGCAAAUACUCCUGGAUGAUGAUUCAAAAAGGUAUGUGACAGUGAACACUCACCGAGGACUGUUCACAUACAACAGACUACCUUUUGGAGUGGCGUCUGCACCAGCUAUCUUCCAGAGGACCAUGGAAGGUCUUCUGAAAGGGAUUUCUCUAACAGCGGUGUAUUUAGAUGACAUAUUGGUGACAGGAGUGGAUGAAGCAGAUCACCUAAAAAACCUGAAUGAGGUGUUGAGCAGGCUGGAGGAGGCAGGUUUGCGGCUUAAACGAAGUAAGUGCGCUUUCAUGCAGAAAGAAGUGGAAUACUUGGGUCACAGAGUGGAUGUACAGGGGCUCCACCCAGUGGAGAAGAAAGUUAAAGCCAUCCUGAAUGCUCCUGCUCCCACAAGUGUAACAGAACUCAAAGCGUACUUGGGGUUACUGAACUAUUAUAACAAGUUCCUUCCCAACCUGGCAACCCUGUUGGCCCCCCUUCACGAGCUUUUGAGAAAAGAGGUGCGCUGGACAUGGCAAAAGAAACAAGAGGAAGCUUUCCAAAAUUCAAAGACUCUGCUGAACUCAGCGGAUGUAUUAGUGCAUUACUCGGCAGAGCGUGAGUUAGUUCUCUCCUGCGAUGCGUCACCAUAUGGAGUGGGUGCCGUAUUGUCACACAGGAUGGAUGAUGGCAGUGAGAGACCCCUAAGCUUCAUGUCACGUACACUCUCACCUGCGGAGAAGAGGUACUCUCAGCUUGACAAGGAAGGCUUAGCUGUAAUGUUUGGCAUCAAGAAAUUCCACAAAUACCUGUAUGGCAGAGUUUUCACUAUUUAUACAGACCACAAGCCUCUGAUCUCUCUCUUCAAUGUGAGGAAGCCUAUACCUCAGAUGGGCUCACCGAGAGUACAGAGAUGGGCUGUAACCUUGAGCGCUUAUGAGUACAACAUCGUGUACAAGCCAGGCAAACAUCACGCAAAUGCGGAUGCGCUGAGCAGACUGCCUCUACCAGACACAGCACCUGAAAAAGAGAUGACUGAACAAGUCUUGAUGAUGGAUGUGCUGGAUGACACACUAGUCGACUCCACGCAAAUCAGGCGCUGGACAGCUAAAGAUGUCAUCUUGGCUCAGGUUCAUGAGUACACCUUAAAGGGCUGGCCUGCGCAGACGGAUGUUUGCUUCAAGCCAUAUCAUCAACGGAAAACAGAACUUAGUGUGAGAGAUGGAUGUGUGCUCUGGGGAGCCAGAGUGAUUAUUCCCACUAAAGGCAGAGAUAAAAUGCUCAAGCUUCUACACCAGACACACAUGGGCAUGUCAAAGAUGAAAGGCCUGGCGAGAUCAUAUAUAUGGUGGCCUGGCAUGGAUGAAAACAUUGAAAGGGAAGUGCAGUCAUGUGAGGAAUGUCAAAAACACCAAAAGUCACCUCCCACGGCACCGUUACACCCCUGGGAAUGGCCAGAGUCACCGUGGUCAAGGAUCCAUGUGGAUUAUGCGGGACCUUUCCUGGGUGAGAUGUUUCUGCUUAUUGUGGAUGCUCAUUCCAAGUGGAUGGACAUUUAUCCUGUGAAAUCACCUACAUCACAUGCGACCAUUGAGAAGCUACGACAGAGUUUCAGUGUGUUUGGUCUGCCAAAAAUGUUGGUGUCAGACAACGGAACAUGUUUCACGAGUGCUGAAUUUGAGACAUUCAUGAAGCAAAAUGGCGUUGAUCAUGUGAAGUCUGCUCCGUUUCACCCAUCCUCGAACGGGCUGGCGGAGAGGGCGGUCCAGACUUUUAAGGAGGGGAUGAAGAAAGUUAAAGGUGACACACUGCAAACCAGACUGUCGAGAUUUCUGUUUGGUUAUCGAAUCACACCGCAUGCAGUGACAGGCUUGUCACCUGCUGAGUUGAUGAUGUCACGGAGACUCCGUUCAGCUUUUGACCUGCUCCUGCCGGAUGUGAAAACAAGAGUGCGGCAAAAGCAACUAAAACAGAAAGAGAAUCACGACCUAAAGAAAAGACUGAGAAGUUUCGCACCAGGGGACAAUGUGUUCAUUAGAAAUUUCUCCUUUGGUCCAAAAUGGAUCCCAGCUGUCAUCGAAAGCUCAUCUGGUCCAGUGUCGUACACCGCCACCCUCGGAAAUGGUAAAACGGUGAAGCGUCAUGUUGAUCAGGUUAGAGCAGGAUUAAGAGACAUCGUUCCCAGUGAACUGGAUAAAGAGCUGAAGCCGCUGCCUGACACCGACGUUGGCUCCGAGGGCUGUUCGCCUGCCGUGUUGGAUAUGACACCAAAACCUCUGUCAUGCGAGAUACCGGAGGGUCCGUGUGUUCCAGAUGUUCCAGCUCCACCAGAAUCACCUGUGGCUCCAGUGGUGCGGCGCUCCCAGAGAGAGAGACAUUCACCUGGUCGUCUUAAGGAUUUUGUUAGAUAGAGUGCGAUCUGAUAUCUCUGAAAG